AAAAACCUCCAUGCACCUAGGCAUGCAGACUGCUUCUACAAAUAUUUGCGAAAGAAUGGAUCGCUCUCAGGAGCUCAGUGACUCCAAGCGUGGUCCCGUGAUAGCGUGGUCCCGUGAUAGGUUGCCACCUGUGCAAUAAGUCCAUCCGUGACAUUUCCUGGCUACUAAAUAUUCCACGUUCAACUGUUAGUGGGGUUAUAACAAAGUAGAAGCAACUGGGAACAACAGUAAUUCAGCCACAACGUGGUAGGCCACGUCACAUGACAGAGCGGGGUCAGCGGAUGUUGAAGCACACAGUGCGCAGAAGUCACCAACUGUCAAUAGCUAAAGACCUCCAAACUUGGUGAGGCCUUCAGAUGAGCACAACAGUGAAUAGAGAGCUUCAUGGAAUGGGUUUCCAUGGUGGAGCAGCUGCAUCCAAGCUUUACAUCACCAAGUGUAAUGCAAAGCGUCGGAUGCAGUGGUGUAAAGCACGCCACCACUGGACUCUAGAGCAACGGAGACAUGUUCUCUGGAGUGACAAAUCACGCUUCGCUGUCUGGCAAUCUGAUGGACAUGUCUGGGUUUGGUGGUUCCCAGGAGAAUGGUACUUGCCUGAUUGCACUGUGCCAAGUGUAACA